UUGCUCUCAAUGUUAUAUUCUGCCCUUCAAGGAACAUGAUGAGGUUGUCUAAACAUAUGUUUCCUGUCUGGCUAUUGAUUGUCUGCUCUUCUCUUAUUCAAGUAUUCCCAUUCUUGGCUGCAAUAUAUCCCACCAGCAGCAAAGAACACAUCGAGGUACCUGAAAAUUAUGGUGGCUCAUUCCCACUAUAUCUGAAGAAGAUGAACAUCACGCUCAGUGGCCAAGCUGACAUUCAGUUGUCUGGAAAUGAAGAAGGCCUAUUUGGAAUAGAUCCAGAUUCGGGCAUUCUCUAUGUUAAUAGACCCCUGGACAGGGAGAAACAAGCUUUCUACACCCUUCAGGUGACUGUAAAAGAUGAAGACAAGCAGCUGGAUUUUAACUCUGUAACUGUAACAAUAGCAGUAAAAGAUGAAAAUGACAACAUGCCAGUCUUGACUGAGGAUAGGUUCUUUGGAAUUCUUAGCAAAGGGACAAAACAAGGUAGCUCUUUGCUAGACUCCUCCAAAGUCAGGAGUUAUAAACUAGUUGUGCAAGUCAAAGACCUGGGAAAUCAGUCUCUGGGCUAUCAGGCAUUUGCAAACGUGGAAAUUGCAGUUGUGGAGAAUACCUGGAUACCUCCAAGUCCCGUUCUCCUUCAAGAACACCUAAAUGUGACUUAUCCAAAGAUCAUUUCAAAGGUUAAUUGGAAUAGCGGAGAAGUUCGUUACUAUCUGAAGGAGAGCUUCCCUCAAGGCCUUUUUUCAAUUGACCUAGAAGGGAAUAUCUAUGUGACACAAGAAGUGGACAGAGAAAACCAAGCAGAGUAUGAGAUUCAGAUUUUUGCUGAGAACAAGGAUGGAAUGUUGUACAGUGAUCCACUAAAGCUCCUGAUAACCGUGACGGAUGUGAAUGACAAUGGGCCAGUAUUCUCCCAGGAGAUUUAUCAGGUAGAACUCAAGGAGAACACAGUCAAAGGGAGUGAGAUUCUCACAGUCAAAGCAGAAGAUGCUGAUGACCCAAAGACCAACAAUGCUAAAAUUGCUUAUGAGAUAUUGAACCAGGAGCCUCAAGUGUCAGAAGGCUUUUCAUUUUGUAUUGGAAAAGACACUGGAGUGAUAACCUUACAGGUCUCUGAACUGAAGACCAAUGCUGCAAAGCACUAUCAACUUCUUGUUCUUGCAACAGAUCUUACCGGGAUGGAAGGAGGUCUCAGCAGCACCUGUACUGUCUUGAUUACAGUUGUGGAUGUAAAUGACAGCCCUCCUGUGUUCUCACAGACAAAGCAUGGGCCAUUCAGUUUUCCUGAGGAUACAGAAGUAGGUACAUUAAUAACAACUAUUACGGCAACAGAUGAGGAUGAAGAAAUGAAGUUCAAAUUCAUACACUUUUCUGUGGAAUCGGGAAAUGAAGAUGAAACUUUCAGAAUUCUAAGCCAUCCAGAAAAUGGGACAGCCAGCAUCUGGCUUGAAAAGGAACUUGACUAUGAGACUGUUCAGGAGUAUGUUUUGAUUGUCUCGGCAAGAAACAAUGAAGAACUGGUUGGGAAAGAGCAGGAUGCCAGCUCUACAGCUACAGUGCAUGUGUUGGUUAAGGAUGUAAAUGAAGCACCAGUAUUUACACAGAGAAGGUAUGAAGUCAGCAUACCAGAAAGCAUUGAGUUGGGAACAGUACUACUGACAGUUAAGGCUACAGAUCCUGACAUUUACACACCAUCACUAAGUUACUCCUUAAGAAAUGAUUCAAUGAACUGGUUUUCCAUUGAUGAGCAUUCUGGAGAAGUUAGAGUCAUGCAGGUUUUGGACAGAGAAAUAGUGCAGGAUGUUUACACAGUGCAGGUCAUUGCGCAGGACGAAGGUAGCCCCUCAAUGAUGGUCACGGCUGAGAUAGCAAUCCAUGUUUUAGAUGUCAAUGACAACUCCCCAUUCCUAAUAGGAGACUACUCAAAAUCCUAUCUCUGCACACCUCGGAGGGAAAUGCAAUCCAUUAUGAUGAGUGCCUUUGACCCUGAUGGGGCAGGAAACAGUGCCCCACUAUUUUUUUCUCUUGCCAAUAGCCCCAUGCUUCGGAGAAACUGGAGGAUCAACCUGAUCAAUGACACACAUGCUUAUCUCACCAUGGGAAUCAGCUGGCUGGAACCCAAAGUGUACCUCGUUACCAUUAUCCUGAAAGACAGUGGAACUCCAUCUAAAGCACAACACAUCCAGCUAUCAGUAACUAUUUGCUUGUGUACCAUGGAAGGAGGAUGCAUGCAAGAGGUUGGAAGGAUGGAAGGGAGGCCUACAGUGAUUUCUGCAGUGAGCAUUAUCGUUGGUACCUUGGGAACCAUAGGUUUCUUUGUGCUCAUAAUCUUUGUUCAUUUGACCCUCCUGGGAGCUAAUAAAAAGAAGAAACGCAACGACUGUGACAACCUUUAAGGUCUGUGGCAUGACACAGCAAAAUAACAGCCCAGUUUAUUUUACAAAAUACUUGUGAAUGGAUAGAUCAGCAGAUACAGUGUGAUACGUAUCAAUAUGGUACAGUCUAUGGGUUUAGGACACAAGCAGCACAGCGAUCAAACUCUCUAACUGAAAUGUCAUAUCUCUUAGGAAACCUCCUUCAAUUAGGGGCUUGUCUCCAUUAUGGGGUGCAUCAAUGCUUCACCUGUGGAUCCACCAGUGGUUGAUUUAGUGAGUCUAAUAAACAUCCCACUAAAUCAACUGCUGAUAAGUAUCCUGUCAACUCUGCUAGGG